UUAAAAAGAGAAAAAUAAAUUUAGAACAAUUUUUAAAAAAUAAUUUGUAUAUAAUAAUUAACAAUGAUUAAAUGACUCACACAAAUGAAAUAAGUAACAAUGAUCAUGCGCGAAACAACAGCAUAAUACGAGAGAAUACGAUCCUCUUACCUACUUUUCAAGUAUACUCUUGCAUGUGGUUGAAAUAGUCAACUGGUAAACCAUAGGAUAGUAUAGCUACUGACUCCGCGCUGGGUGGCUCACGGUGUAUACAAACGUGUCGAUGACACGGCGAAUUUUCUUCCUGUUGAAUAUUUUCAGUGUUAAAAUAAUUUGCAAUAAGUACAAGCAAUCGCGCGAGUGAUCUCAUGUUGUUAAUCAACAGAUCAACCCAAAUGGAUGAAUGUAACACCAGUGUUUUUUACGUAAACGUGGGCGAGGGAUGCUUGUAAUAAAUUGCGUGAAACUAUCGCGUAAAUCUCUGAAGCCAUUAACCAAGUAACAUUGCUCUAUAAUCCAAAAAUGAAUGGCCGAGAAAUGCUACUUCUGUACGUCACAGUUGCAUUUAUGCCCAAUAUUUUGGGAUUUCCAAAGAAGAUACCACUCGGAGGCUUGUUCGACAGCGACGAGAUGAUUCAAAAAGCGUUUGAAAUAUCGAUCAAAGCGGUAAAUAAGAACUUCACUACUGACGCGAGGGGCGUGCUGUUAACACGUAGAACAGAAAAAAUUAACAAGAAUGCAUUUCGAGUAGCAAAGAUAGCGUGCGAGCUGGUAAAUAACAAAGUGGCAGGAAUUUUUGGCCCCCAAGAUAAAUCAACCGAGAGCUACGUUCAAGGUAUGUGCGAUACCCUGGACAUACCUCAUAUUGCUGCCAGAUGGGAUUCCGAACCAAAACGUGGCAAUGUAAUAAACCUGUACCCGCACUCCGACACACUCUCCAUGUUUUUUCAAGGUUUAAUAGAAGAAUACAAAUGGAAACAAUAUGCGAUACUUUACAAAAACGUGGACGGCCUGAUGCGCAUGAACCGCUUGCUCAAAUUGCCAAACAUGAAUACCAUUUCCGCGAUGGUGUUCCAUUUAGGUAGUGGACCGAAUUUUAGGCCAGCCAUAAAAGCAGUCAAGAUGUCUGGCUGUAAAAAUAUUAUAAUCGAUUGUUCAUACGAUAUUCUCGCGUCUGUUCUUAAACAAGCACAACAAGUUGGAAUAAUGUCAGAGAGAUAUAAAGUUUUCGUUACUUCUCUGGACUUGCAAACUCUGGAUUUAGAACCAUAUCAAUAUUCUGGAGUGAAUUUGACAGGCAUACGUUUAAUCGAUCCGAAAAGUCCAAUUGUUCAACGUACCCUCCAGUCUUUUAAUUGGAAUUUGACAGACGGUUCCCACUUAAGGGUAGAAGCGGCGCUCGCUUAUGAUGCAGUACAACUUUUCGCGAGUGGUUAUGCUCGAUUACGCGAUAGCAUCUAUGUAAAUCUUACAAAAUUGUCUUGCAGCGGCACAGAAAUUUGGGGGCACGGUUCCAGCUUAAGUAAUUAUAUGCGGAACGAGCAAAUACACGGACUGAGCGGUAUGAUAAAAUUCGACACGGCUGGUUUCCGAAGCGAAUUUCAACUAGACAUCAUAAAUCUAGGAUAUGAAGGAUUGCAUAAAGUCGGGAAAUGGGAACCGAAUUUAGGUUUUCAAUGGGAGCCAGGAUACAGAAUUUCUGAAAUAGAUGAUGACAAGAGUUUACAACAUAAACAUUUUGUUAUCCUGAUAUCGCUAACAGAUCCGUAUGGGAUGAUUACAGAAUCAUCCCAUUUAAUAACUGGAAAUGAUCGGUACGAAGGCUUCGGCAUAGAUAUAAUUCAGGAAAUGAGCAAGCUGCUGGGGUUUAAUUAUACUUUUGAAGUUCAAGCAGACAACGCUUAUGGAUCGUUUGAUGAAGCAACCAAAAAAUGGGACGGAAUGCUGGGAAAAAUAAUUAAUGGUGAGGCGGACUUAGCGAUUACGGAUCUAACGAUCACGGCGGAAAGACAAGCUGCUGUAGAUUUUACGGAUCCAUUUAUGAACUUAGGUAUAAGCGUUCUCUAUAGGAAGCCAACAAAGGCUCCUCCAGACCUUCUAUCCUUUUUAGGACCGUUUUCGAAUGAAGUUUGGAUACAUGUGAUCGGGGCGUAUGUCGUCGUGUCAGCACUGUUAUUCGUGAUUGGAAAACUCUGCCCGGUAGAAUGGACGAAUCCAUAUCCGUGCAUCAAAGAGCCGGAGGUACUAGAGACACCCUACACACUUAUAGAUACUCCGUUUCUAGUGAUCGGAGCCAUCCUGAAGGCUGCUACCGGAUUUGCACCCGCAGGAAUUUCAACAAGAACUUUGGCUGUUGCCUGGUGGUUCUUCAUUCUGAUCAUUUCGACAACGUAUAUCGCUAAUUUGGCAGCCGCGUUAACUAAGGAAUCCGUCGUAUGGGAAUUUAAAACGGCGGAAAAACUGGCUUACCAACAAAAAAUCAAAUACGGCGCAAAAAAAAACGGCUCAACAUUAGCAUUCUUUCGAGAUUCCACGUAUGAACCGUACAAGAUUAUGUAUAAAUACAUGGAAACUCAUGCUGAUGAAGUGCUUGUAAAGGGAAACAAGGACGGUGUAGAAAUGGUGCAAAAGAACAAAAAUUACGCGUUUUUUAUGGAAUCCUCGUCGAUUGAGUAUAUCAAACAAAGGGAGUGUAGUGUAACGCAGAUUGGAGGACUUUUAGAUGCUAAAGGCUACGGAAUAGCGAUGAGAAAAGAUUCUUCUUAUCGAAAGGAACUAAGUGGCGCCAUAUUAAAACUGCAGGAAAACGGCAGGCUCGGAGAGUUACGAGACAAAUGGUGGAAACAAAAGCGUGGCGGCGAUACGUGCGACGAACCGGUAAAACUCGAAGUGGGUCCAUUGCGUUUCGAGGAUGUCGAGGGAGUAUUUAUAAUUAUGGUAAGCGGCAUUGCAUUGUCUUGGAUUUUUGCGGGAUGCACAUUUCUUUGGAACAUCCGAAACAUCGCAGUCAGACAUAACGUAAUUACAUGUUUAAUGAUUAUAAUUUCUAUAUUAACUUUACAAAAUUAUUUCGAAGGCUACAGGAUUGCUUGCUUACAGGUAUCAUUUAAAAAAAUACUAACAGAAGAGUUGAGAUUCUUAAUCAAAUGCAGGCGCAAGAAGAUCGUAAAAAGAAGAAAAAAAUCCGUCGACACGAUUAAAAGCGAUAGCACCGGUUACUGAUAAAUACAUGUCAUUUCCGUAGAUGUACAAAAAAAAAUUAAAUCCAAUAAAAUAGAAAUUAUCACAAACUUGUCUCGGCUAUAAUAUUAUUUAUAGAACACGAUACUGCUGGCGUUAGCGAAACUGAAACGGAGAGAUUCGCAAAUAUCACGCGAAUGCAUUUUAAUGAUUACCAGCGGCG